AUGACUUCUGAAAAGCCCGGGCCAGAGAGCUCUUCAAAGGCGCCGGACGACGCCUUUGCGUCACCCUCCUCGCCAAAAGACGGCCCUCUGGAUGGAAUCUCGAAAGAAAAUGCUGCGAGUUCGGAAGAUGAUUCCUCUAGCGACGAUUACUUCUCGGGAACCUUUGAGCCUGUUCGUCCAGGCGAUCGUGAGCAGUUGACCAAGAUUGCAUCGACAGUCUCGUCUCGACGCCCGAGCACUUUUGGCCGCCGCGAAAGUACCGCUAUCAUCCGCAUGGAUACAGUCGACGAAUUGGCCCUUGAAGACCCGCGACUUGAACCCGCAAAUACACAGUUCGAUGCCUAUCUAUGGACGAGAAAGAGACUGCGCCUGCUACAACAAGAAGGAGUGCGCUUUCCUAGGGCGAGUAUCACUUUCAAGAAUCUCAAUGUGUCCGGCUCUGGUGAGGCAUUGCAAUUACAGAAUACCGUCGGCUCCGUCCUCACAGCUCCAUUGAGACCCAGCAACUUCCUUAGCUUCGCUAAGCACAAGCAGCAUAAGACAAUUCUGCGAAAUUUCGAGGGUGUUGUCAAAGGUGGUGAGUUACUGAUGGUUCUCGGACGACCCGGCAGUGGCUGCUCUACAUUUCUGAAGACGUUGACCGGAGAACUGCACGGCCUCGAUCUCGACAAAAAUUCGACGAUUCAUUAUAAUGGUGUUCCUAUGGGCAAGAUGCAUACCGAGUUCAAGGGAGAAGUGUUAUAUAACCAAGAAGUUGACAAACACUUUCCACAUCUUACAGUUGGCCAAACCCUGGAGUUUGCGGCAAUGGCACGGGCUCCAGCUCAUCGCAUCCAAGGCCAAUCUCGGGACGACUACGUUAGAGAAACCACUCAGGUGGUAAUGGCGGUCUUUGGGCUCUCGCAUACAUACAAUACUAUUGUUGGGAACGAUUACGUACGUGGGGUCUCUGGAGGCGAACGAAAGCGCGUCAGUAUAGCGGAAAUGGCUCUUGCGAGAGCUCCAAUUGCUGCCUGGGAUAACAGUACCCGAGGACUGGACGCAGCAAGCGCGCUAGAGUUUGUGAAGGCGCUACGAAUGGCUUCAAAUGUCUCCGGUAGUUGCCAUAGCGUUGCUAUUUACCAAGCAUCGCAAGCAAUCUAUGACGUGUUUGACAAAGUCAUCGUGCUGUAUGAGGGACGAGAAAUCUAUUUCGGUCCAUGCAAUAAGGCUGAGAAGUACUUUGUAGAGAUGGGAUGGUCCAAGCCUUCUCGGCAAACAACCGGAGAUUUCCUGACAUCAGUCACUAACCCACAGGAGCGUCAAGCCCGUGAAGGUAUGGAGCAAAGGGUUCCUCGGACUCCCGAUGAAUUUGAAGUAUACUGGAAAAAUAGCUCGGAGCGUGCAGCGCUUAUGCAGGAAAUUAGUGACCACGAGAGAAAUUUCCCAGUUGGCGGCGUUGCAGAACAAGAAUUGGCGGAAAACAAGCACGAACAGCAGGCAAAGCAUGUCAGGCCCCAAAGUCCGUAUCUUUUGUCUGUUCCAAUGCAAGUCCGACUCUGUACCAAGAGAGCUUAUCAAAGACUGUUGAACGAUAAGGCUACCACGCUGACGACCGUUAUUGGGCGAUUGUUCAUGGCUUUAAUCAUUGGGUCAAUCUACUAUGGCACUCCUGCUGCAACGGCAGGCUUCCAAAGUAAAGGCGCUGCUCUGUUUUUCGCAGUUUUACUGAAUGCGCUCAUCAGUAUCACGGAAAUUAACUCGCUAUAUGAUCAACGUCCGAUUAUUGAGAAACAGGCCUCGUAUGCUUUUGUUCAUCCGUUUGCUGAAGCUAUGGGCAGUAUCGUCGCCGACUUGCCGAUUAAAUUUGUAGCAUCGGCCACGUUCAAUAUUGUGUUAUAUUUUCUCGCAGGUCUGCGUUAUGAACCAUCUCAAUUUUUUAUCUUCUUCCUGUUCACGUUUUUUGCAACCCUAGCCAUGUCUUCCAUUUUCAGGACACUAGCCGCUUCAACAAAGAGUUUGGCACAGGCCAUGGCUUUGGCUGGUGUCAUGGUGUUGGCUAUUGUUAUUUACACGGGCUUCGUGAUUCCAGGUCCCCAGAUGCACCCCUGGUUUUCCUGGAUUCGCUGGAUUAACCCCGUCUACUACACAUUCGAGGCUCUUAUCGCCAACGAAUUUCAUGGUCGGGAAUUUCCCUGUUCAACCUUUAUACCCUCGUAUCCAGAUAUGUCGGGCGAUACAUUCGUGUGCUCUGUUGCUAGUUCGGUGACUGGCCGGCGAACGGUAUCUGGUGAUAGAUAUAUUGCCUCUCAAUACAAUUACACCUACUCCCAUGAGUGGCGGAAUUUCGGAAUUCUCAUAGCGUUCUGGCUAUUCUUCAUGGGAACUUAUUUCAUGUUCACGGAACUCAAUUCUGCAACUUCAUCAACUGCCGAGUUUCUGGUGUUCCGUCGCGGUCGUGUGCCAGCAUAUUUGACGAAAAGUGAAAAUGAACCCGAAAAUGGCACCGUUGAGGCACCAGCAAACAGCUCAGAAGUACAGGAAGAAGAAGAACUUGGCAUCCUUCCGGAGCAGCACGACAUCUUUACGUGGCGAAAUGUCUGCUAUGAUAUUCCCGUAAAAGGAGGUCAGCGUAGGCUUCUGGACAAUGUAUCUGGUUGGGUUAAACCAGGAACAUUAACGGCCCUUAUGGGGGUAUCAGGAGCUGGAAAAACAACCCUUCUUGAUGUUCUCGCGCAGCGCGUGUCCAUUGGUGUGGUAACUGGGGAUAUGUUUGUCAACGGUAAGCCCUUGGAUGCUAGUUUCCAACGCAAAACAGGAUACGUGCAACAACAGGAUCUUCACCUCGAAACCAGUACUGUGAGAGAGGCCCUGCGAUUUAGCGCAGCUUUGAGGCAACCUAAAAGCACUCCCAUGGCUGAGAAGUACGCAUACGUUGAGGAUGUAAUCAAAAUGCUCAAUAUGGAAAACUUUGCGGAGGCUGUUGUUGGGACACCCGGCGAGGGUCUCAAUGUUGAGCAGCGGAAACUUUUGACUAUUGGCGUUGAAUUGGCCGCUAAACCGGCAUUAUUGUUGUUCUUGGAUGAGCCUACUAGUGGUCUAGAUUCUCAGAGUUCAUGGUCUAUUUGCGCCUUUUUGCGCAAGUUGGCAGACCAUGGCCAGGCUGUCCUUUCAACUAUCCAUCAACCAAGUGCCAUUCUUUUCCAACAAUUCGACAAGCUGCUUUUUUUGGCGAAGGGUGGAAGGACUGUUUACUUUGGAGACAUUGGCAAAGACUCGACUACCUUACUUGAAUACUUCGAAAGAAACGGUGCACGAAAGUGCGAUUCUGCCGAGAAUCCCGCUGAAUAUAUGCUAGAAAUCAUAGGUGCAGGUGCCAGCGGAAAAUCGACUCAAGAUUGGCCUACUGUUUGGCGAGAGUCUCAGGAAGCGAAAGACGUCCAGACUGAGAUCGAUGAAAUCCAUGCACGUCGCUCGCCCACCGCUGUAGAAGGCUCUGGCGCAGAACCAAACAGCUCCAAAAGUGUGGUUAACGAGGACACCGAGUUCGCGAUGCCAUUCAAAGACCAACUUUGGUUUGUCAUUGUUCGAGUCUUUCAACAGUAUUGGCGCGAUCCUCAGUACAUAUUUGCGAAGUUGCUGCUGGGUCUAGCAUCGUCUCUGUUCAUCGGAUUUUCCUUCUUCAAACCGAACAGUAGCGUGCAAGGUUUUCAGGACGUCCUCUUCAGCACAUUCAUGAUGACAUCUAUCUUUUCAACCCUUGUGCAGCAGAUCAUGCCCCGUUUUGUUAGCCAAAGGUCUCUUUACGAAGUUCGCGAACGCCCAUCCAAGGCCUACUCCUGGGCGGCCUUUCUCAUUGCAAACGUCGUGGCAGAGAUACCAUACCAAGUUUUACUGGGGAUUCUCGUCUGGGCAUGCUACUACUUCCCCAUUUAUGGUGCGAAUCAAACGGGCGAACAGAAAGGCUUAAUGCUGCUUUUUGUGAUCCAGUUUUUCUUGUUUGCAUCCACUUUCGCAGAUUUGGUCAUAUCAGCAAUGCCAAAUGCUCAAAUGGCGGGUACUAUCGCGACGUUUGCCUUCUCUCUUACCCUGAGUUUCAACGGUGUCAUGCAGCCGCCAAGUGCAUUGCCUGGCUUCUGGAUAUUCAUGUAUCGUGUCUCUCCUCUCACAUACCUUGUCGCAGGUAUGACUGGCAACGGUCUCGAUGGCCGACCCGUUGAAUGCUCAUCCUCAGAGCUAAGCGUCUUUAAUCCUCCUUCUGGCAUGACAUGCGCUUCAUAUCUGCAACAAUAUCUCGAAGUUGCUCCCGGACGACUAUAUAACAAUGACGCUACAAGUAAUUGUCAAUACUGCGCGUUGCAGAGUGCAAAUCAAGUCCUGGCUAACAGUAAUAUCUAUCCAAGUCAACGGUGGCGCAACUGGGGAAUUGGAUGGGCAUACAUUGGCUUCAAUAUCUUCGGAGCCGUUGCUCUCUACUACGCAUUUCGCGUACAGCAUUACAACCCUACUUCAAUCGUGAGAGGAGUGUGUGAUAUCGGACGCUUCGUCGGACGGAUUUUCAGCAGAAAGUCAGAGGGCCCGAAAGGUCGAAAAGCACAGGAUGGCCGUAUCUUAUAG